AGUGCAAACAUUGCUCCUCCUCUGUCAUUCUGCAGAUAUUUUAAUAGAUACCGGGUUUGUAAAGAAAUAUAGCUGUGGGAGGAAAGUACAAUGACCAAAGAUGUGUGUACUUUUGACAGGUUAUUACCUGCAGACUCAGAGUAGAUAUUAACAGUUUUAUAACUCUAAAGGAUACAGCAGGAGGUAAACAAUGCGGAACUGAAGUUCUGCUGCACAUGUUUCCGACCGGAUGACAAUUUUCGUUGGACAGUUUUCUGUUUACGCUUCAACGUGGGACACUGACAGAACUUGUGUGGCAGGGAAAUGAGAAAAAACUUUAGGCCGGUCUUUUUCUGUAUAUACGCAUAUUAAGAUGGGUAAAAAGCGCCUCGGCGAAGACUCGCCGGAGUCAAACACUCCGGUGAAGAAAGAGAAGGUUCCGGAGUUCAAUGGGACUGAGUUCAAAGCCAUGCUGAAGGAACCCAGGACAGCCAUGAAGGGACUGCAGACAUUUAUAACAACCGCGAAGAAGCUGCCGUGCCCUGACCUGUACGACGUGGUCGAAGGUUACAUUAAAAUCUCCAUGGAGUGUGCAGAAAUAUUCAAACUGUUAGAGGGAGACAAGCCUAAGGAGACUGAGAUGCUGCUGAUCUUUGAGAGCCUGGAGAUGAUCCUCCUGAGGACUGCCAGUGACCUGUCGCACUUCAACAUGGUUGGCAAUACGAUUGUGAAAAAGACUCUCUCGAGCCACAUGAAACUUCUGCAGGCCUCCUUCCAUUCAGAGAAUCACAGGUUUGUCCGUCAAUGCCUCAGUCUGCUGUCGGCCCUGGUGUCUCAGGGUCCAGAAGCUGCCAGAGAGGUCCUAAGUCACAUUCAUGUCAAUAAAACUCUGUCCGGGCUGGCAAAGAGGAAGGACAAGAAGGGGAGACCCGAUGUCCGCAUGGCUUAUAUCCAGUUCGUGCUGUCCUUUUUGGUGUCUGGAGAUAAUGCUACUGUUGGACAAAUAUUAGAAAUUAAAGAACUCCUGCCAGAGAUCAGUUUGGGUCUGAAGGAGGACAGGAUGUCCAUAAUCAACCUGAUUCUGUCCACACUGAAGAGCAGAGUUGUACUAAACAAAGGCAUCAGUAAGACACAGAAGGUGCGUUUUUUCACACCUGCUGUAUUGGCCAACAUUGCGUCUCUGUAUAAGUGGAACGGGAUUGUGGAUGCGACCACUGAUGAUAACAGAAUGGAAGAGGACUCCGAGCAUGCUGGGAUAUCUGUCAUCAGGGAACUUGUUCACAGUUUCCUCCUUGACCUGUGUUGCUCUCGUAAGCAUGGUAUCAGCUUUCAUGACGCCAGCUUCGGCACCGCUAGCAGAGCUGGCAACAUCGUCUUGCUUCAGUUCUUGGUGGGGCUGAAGCAGGCCACAGAGGAUGAACUGGUGGCAGAUCUGGUGGUGAAUGUGCUGAAAGGUAGCCCAGACAUACUGGCCAGAUACUUUCAGGAGACUCAGUAUUCAUACACCCCCAGAAUCAAAAGUGCUUGGCAGGACAAUGUCAAGUUACUGAAAAAGAUCUAUGAAGCCCAGCCAGAGGUGUCCACAGUCUUCCAAGCUUCUGAGGUCGUCCCUGUCCCUCGCUUGCUUUCCAUGAUUAUGGUGAUAUCUCUUCCUCCGGUCUGUAACAAGGCCUUCUUCACACAGGGCCUCAGUCUUGCCAACACAACAGUGCAGCUCACAACUCUGUCCAUGAUAAAUUUCCUCUUGAAAAGAGCCAGUAAGAACAUGGAGUACCUCUUGGAUAAGUCUGAGUGGCACCACUCAGAUGUUUACACUCUCAACAUGAUGGAUGAAUUGGUGCAGCAGUACAGGGAGACACUGAGCAAGAUUUUGCCCGAUAUGACUAGCAUAGUUUCAAAGUGGCAGUCACUUAGUAAGAAGGAAAAGACGGAUGUUGAAGAAAAAAAGACCAAAGCUGAAGAGAGUGCUGCACAGACGGAUGAUAUAAAGGAAACGCCUGCAGUUGCAGAGACAGCUGAGAUAAUCCUGCUGAAGACUCUGAUUCUUCAGGUCAUUUGUCUUUACCAGAAAGUAGUGCCACAUCUGGUGAGCCAGUGCAAAUUUGACUUCAGCAAGCUCUUAAAAGGGAUUGUGUCAGAGAAAGGAAUGAGGGAAGAGGUUCCCCCAGUUCUUCAGUAUCAGAUACUGCAGUUGGCCUUAGAUCUCCCUGCAAGCAAGUUCUCCUGGUUCCGCAUACAGGAUGUUGCAGAUACAGAUUCCUCAUCAGGAGAGAAGUCGGUGCUUUACCUGCUUCUCAAGAUGUUUGUCAGCAGCAGCAGCAGCCAUCUGAAAACCUCCACACGGAUGCUGGUUCUAAAGGUGCUUAAGGACAGUGGAGUGUUUGAAUACACCUGGACUGAGCUUGAGCUCUGGCUGGACCAGCUGGCCAGAGUAGAGCCAAACCAACAAGAGACAGUCAUUCUGUUCCUGGAGAGGGUGUUGGUGAAGCUGGUGUGUAAUUCUUACACAUACACAGAUAAAGUUGCCAGCCUGGUCCAAGAGGCAGCUUACCUGCAAGCUAACCUCAGUAACCAGGAGGGAGACGCUGCCAGUAUCCCAGUCUCACACAUAGAUGAUGUGUUAGACAUGCUGGAUGUCAUAAUGGAUGGCAAUGAAGGCGAGAUGGAGGAGUUCGGGCCAUCUCUAAGUGAAGACCUUAUUAUCCAGACCUUCCCCUUCAGUGUGGUGGUACCUGCUGCCCUGGAAGCCCGAAACAAACUGCCAGCAGACAAGGGGGUGGUACAUGAGUACUUGUCUGCGGUGCUUUCUGAUGUUCUGCACUGUCAGAGAGAGCCGCUCCCUCUCUGUCUGGCUCUGCUGCAGUACGAUAAAGAGCUUGUGUCUUCUGAACUCUCUGCUCCUCCUCAUCCCUCCAUCAUACACCUUCAUCAGUAUUACUCCAAAUGGCUACCAGAGCAGUGCCGGGAGGAGCUGUUCAAGUCCUCUGAAUGCCAGUCAGUGGGAUUGUCAACACCCACUUCAUUCACUGCUGUGAUGAAAGCUGCGUAUAUUCAAGGACCGAGCGCUUUGCUUGAGGAAGCCUUCAGGAAGAAUGUGGAAGGAACCCUAACUUCCAUGUUGAUGGCUGAGUUUCCAGUAGCAAUCAAGCAGAUUUUACUCUACAUAAAGUCAACAGUGGAAAACUUUGGCACGUUCUCCAAAAACAUUGGAACUGCUCCUCUGGGGACCUUAAUGGCAAUACUCCAGGAUUUGGUGAUCAAGCUGCAGGGCUUUCAGGAGACCACAGACCCUGAGCCAGCAGCUGAGAACUCCCAAGAAGGAUCAGACCUCUUCCUGGAAAUCGCCCAGUCAUCCAAUAAAGAGCAGAUCCUUCUUUCUUCACUUGGCUCCAUCUUCAAGCAUCCAUGUUUGGAGCAGUGGUUUCUGGCUCUGGAGAUGGCUGCUUUGCCUCCUCACACGCUGAACCCCGUCAGACUGAAGCAUCUGUGUGCUCAGCUGAAUGAUGACAUUCUGGCCUUGCUGAAGACCAGCACGCCCACUCUCCGUGAUCUAGGUCACCUGGAACUUAUUAGUAGCUACGUGGAGUCUAUAGAGAAAGCUGUGCUCAAGGAACUGAUGGAGAAGGUCUCCCAGGCUACAAAGAAUGAGUCCAAAGCUUUCCAGGCCCUCCUGUCUCUGCACAGCUACAUGGACUCCUGUAAUCUGAGGGAGGUGGUCUCCAAGUUGCUACUCCUCCCGCAGGAUAGCCUAAUGUCCCCCAGCAGUAAGGGCACACAGGCCGAGCUUAGCGUCUAUGGUAAUGCAGCAGUGCAGAUCCUCACAGAGGCUAAAGCUAACUCUUCUCAGGACCACAGUAUCUUUCUGUCUCAGGCACACCUCCAUGGCCUGGGGACCCUGCUGCUGUCUUGCUCCAGUCCCGUGUUGGAAGCCUUCAUGCUGCAGACUCUGUCCAGUCAGCCAGGCAGUGCCAAGCUCCUCCACACAGAUGUGCUGCUGCACUGUCUCCAGUCGCCUCUCCCAGACACUCAGGCCAUCAUCUCUCUGCUGCUGCAGAACUGCGCCACGCACCGCCUCUGCUUUGAGUUGUGGUGCUUAGAGCCAGCAAACAUGAAGAAGCUCUCAGACCAGACAGAAAUAUUCCUUCCAGUCAUCAACACCUACCUACAGGUGGCAAGCAGAGAGGAUCCAGCCAGGCCCAAAGAUGUUCAAAAAGAAGUUUUAAAAGCCUUGAAGAAAACACUGCUCGCAGAAUUGUCCGAGUGUGUUCUGGGAACGCUGACAGAAGACUCUGGGGCCCAGCUCACUGAAACACUCUCCAGUCUGAUCAAACACUCUGCAAACAUGAAGGACACCAGGGACUUGAUUAACAAUCUGCCCAAUGCUCUCCAAAAAGUGGACAGUUUUGAAAGGUGGCGUUUAGUGGAUGUUAUCACUGAGAAACUGGCUGAUUGCCCAGAAGAACAAGAAACCUGGAGGAAGUCUGUCACCACUGCUGCCCUCAAGUGUCUCAUCGCUGCUUACAGUCAUUCUAAAGAUCAGGCUGCCUCCCCAUCAGAGCAGGAGAAGAGCAUCCUGGAAAGACUUCAACAGCUCCUUACAUCAGCUGAAGACAUCACUGCAUCUGACUGGAACAGUUUUGUCAAGACUGGACUGAAAUAUCGCUACAGAGAUCACCACUUUCUGAACACUUUGAGCAACCUGUUGGAACUGAUGUAUGGUGGCAGUGAAGUCCAGAAGGAUCUGAUACCUUUGUCUACCCUACACAUGAUGACCAGCAGCCAUUCUCUGUUCCUGCCCACCAUGUUGGACUCUAAUGAAGAGUCUAGCAGUUGUCAGGCUAAAGAAUCGUUAGUCUCCCUACUUCUCUGUUUGGUGAAGAAAUGCCCAGCAGUCUGUAACAUCAGUCACUUUGUUGUACUUUUGGGAGCAUAUGGAGCUACACUGAGUACUUCAGAUCAGAAGCUGUUACUGCUUCUUCAGGAAUAUGAAAGAAACAAUGUCAGUCUGCUGAAAUUCCAAUCCUUCUUGUGGGGCCCAGCAGCUGUGGAGCAUCACAAGACCAGGAAAAGUCUGGGAGCCUCCCUGUGGAAGCAGGAGAGCUCAGAUGAUCUGUUGGCCCUGCUGAAAACUGACAGGAUGCUACAGACUAUUUCACACUUUCCUCAGCAACGCAGAAUCUUCCUGCAGGAUGAUAAGGAGCUGCUGUACAGUAAUGAUGCCAUAAAGGACCUUGGGAAUUUGUAUGAUCCUUGUUUUCUUUUGCCUCUCUUCAGCUCGAUACUGCAGCCAGAAUGUGUGAUUGAUUGCCUCAAGUUCAUAUCCACUCAUGCCCUCGGAGUGACUGUAAUGGCUCUAAGUAGCUACGACUCAAAAGUGAGAGCUGCAGCGUAUCAUGUGCUGAGCUGCUUCUACCAACAUCUGGAGGGAGCUCGAAUCAGGGAGAAGAGACAGCUGCUGUAUUUGCUGGAUACAGUGAAGAAUGGAAUCCGACAGCCGAAUCAAAGACUUCCAUUUGUCCUGACCACUUACGUCGCCAAAGUGGCUCAGCAGAUGCUCAGACCUGAGGACCACAUGUACUUGGUGUUGAACAGGUUUCUGCUGUCCCAUCAGAGUUUGGACUUCAGGAGAGUCCCUGAGUUCUUCAAGCUCUUCUAUGGCUUUGACUUGGAGCAUAAAAUGGAACGCGAGUGGAUCCUGAGUGUGCUGGAGGAAGGGAUAAGUGAUGGACACUGUUUUCAGUUGUGUGACCAACAAGGCAUCUUCCAGACCCUUUUAGGCUUCAGUAGCAGCCCCUUAUGUGAUGAACACUCCCAGGCACAGAUUAUAAGGGUGUUGUGCCAGGCCGCUCGUGUAAUCAAAGCAGCUUAUAACCUCACCAAGAGCUGUGGGCUCCUCACCUGGAUAAUACAGAUGCUUGAAAGAAGGAAUCUAGACCAGCAGCUGCUCGGUGCCAUGAUAGAUCUGCUCCAUGUGCUGUGGUUUACUACCCUCGGGCAGAAAGAGAAACAGGCAGAUGAAGCCAAGAUUUCCGUCUCCUCUACAGAGGAGAAAUCUCAGAGCCCUGUGAAUUGUCUCCCACUGCCACUCAUCAGUGAAUUCCUGUGUGUGGCAUUAACUAUCAGCCGAUACCUCAGGUUGGGUGUGAAGGCCACUCAGCUCAGCCACUUUCUGCAGACUCUGUGCUCAGUACUGAAGCAUCGUGAGACAGCUCUCAACAUAAACAAACAGGCUGACCGGCUAAUGCUCCACCCGCAACCUCUCUCCUGCACCGAAGUUCUUGCUCUGCUUCUCUGCUGGGCCUCCCUGUCCCGCGAUACAGCACUCCUCACACAAAUACAGGCCUUGUCUGAAAAGCACAAAGUAAAGGAAUUGCUGGGGACAGGAAAGGAUAAAACCCGAGGUAAAGGCUCCUUUUCCAAGGUCCGCACAAGAAAAGACAACCUGGCAGAGGAUGCUGAUACAGAGAAACAAGAAGAGAGUCUCCUGACGGAGUGUAAAUCUUACCUCAGCAGAAUCUUUGUUCACUGGGAACCUGUGUUUCCCCUCUCUGAACUCCAGCUGGCUCAAACAGGAGACAAAAUGGAGCCCAGUCAGUUGGCCAGUGAUACUGCGCACCUGCUCACCAAGUGGUCCCUGAGGUGUUUGGUGGAGGACUCGUAUGAUGAAAACAGGACAAAAGAAUUCUUGCACUGGGUCAAAAAGGCUGUGAUAAAACACAAGGAAACUGUGGAUGUUGUGUUACUCGACCAUGUCUUAAAGGCAGACCUCCUUCGACUCCACCAUCAGGCCUUUGAAGCUCAGUGUCACUCUAGCUUCUCAGCAAGAAUGGAAACCUUCCAGCUUUUUACCAACAUCAUGAUACACUUACUGGAGACCCAAGGCCAACUUCCUGAGCUUCAUCAGGCAGUCAUCUCUGCCUGCCUGCCAGAGGCCACUCUUGAUCAGUCUAGACGUGAAGCUGGGCUGUUCCUGUUGUCACUGUACAUCAGUGAGUUGUGGAGCGGCGCCACUUCAGCGGAGCUGUUCCUGUCUCAUGUAACUCUGGUGACCAGAGCCAAAUGUAAAAGACAGAAAGCCUCUAAAUCAUCACUGAUUCAAACAGCUGUCAGAGCCAUCUGUGAUGACAUCAUCAGUAUGAAGAGUUAGAUGUGACAUCUGACUACGACUUUGUUCUUUGUAAAAAGAAACCUUACAGUCUUUCAUUUUGCUGCUUUGUUUGGUUCUUGUAAAAUGUCUGAAGGUAUUUUGUAAAACCUUUUGUAAUAAAAUGGCGAUUUAUGAAUAUAUUA